CAAACGUUCCGCGAACUUCGAAACCGCUAGUACGCACGGUUACUUUCCAAAUUUUUAAAGUGUGUGACUAAGUUGCGGAGUGUUUAGUCGGAACUUUCUUCGCGUUUUCGGUUCUACGCUUCGGCCAGGAACCACUGUCGUUGGAACCCAAGAGUCGUUCUUUUGAUAAAAGUUAUAAUGAUGUGGUGGGUGAUCUGCUGUGCAGCGGUGGUGGUCGGCAGUGCGUUCGCCGACGCUGCGCCGGCAUCCAAUGCGCUCGCGUCAGCCAUCGACUGGGAUCAGCUAGACUCUUCUUCACCCGACGAUGAAAGUCUCGGAUACGCAGUACCAUCACUGGGGGGAAGAAACUAUCCCGGCAACGCACCUUGGCUGUACCUACUUACUGAAGUUCCUCGUGAUUCACAGAGAUACGAAGGAAUGCACGAAGGGCGCGCAAGACCGAAGCGCAAGAUGCCUUCGCUGUCCAUCAACAACCCAAUGGAAGUGCUCCGUCAACGGCUGCUGCUCGAAGUGGCCCGCAAACAAAUGCGCGAGGCAAACCAGAGACAGGCGGUCGCCAACAGAGUCUUCCUGCAGAACGUUGGCAAACGAGGUUUUUGGGAAAACACGGUGCCAUCACGCUACGACAACUAAACAACGAAGAGAAAAUUUUGUUUUCUGUCAACGCAAGUCUCAACAUCAACCAUAUGACGAUGCGACAAUCAAACUAACCAAAUUAAGAUAAGCAACAAAAAAUGCUACGGUACACAAUUUCAGUAUAAAUUGCUUUCGUAAUUUGAGUCAGACAUAAGUCCCACCUCUAUAUCAAAAGUGUUUCAACUCAAUAGCAACUUUAUUUUUUAAACAAUUAAGGAAACGCAUU